GUCCCCACGCCCACACACCCGGUGCUGCCUCAUCUGGCACUGAUUAUCCUGCUGCCGCCGCUGCUGCUGUUGCUGCUUCUGCUGCUGCUGAAGUCAGCUGCUGCCUCCGGCUGAGGACCCCAGCACACUCCCCCCACCAUGCUGUCUGCUGCCCCAGCCUCCCUUCUGGGGCCCCUCCUUACGGCCUGGGCUCUGCUGCCCUUCUUGCCUCUUGCCCAGGGCCAGACCCCCAACUACACCAGACCUGUGUUCCUGUGCGGAGGGGAUGUGACUGGGGAGUCGGGUUACGUGGCAAGUGAGGGCUUUCCCAACCUCUACCCCCCCAAUAAGGAGUGCAUCUGGACAAUAACGGUCCCUGAGGGCCAGACUGUGUCUCUCUCCUUCCGAGUCUUCGACCUGGAGCUGCACCCCUCCUGCCGUUAUGAUGCUCUGGAAGUCUUUGCUGGAUCUGGAACCUCUGGCCAGCGGCUUGGACGCUUCUGCGGGACCUUCAGGCCAGCGCCCCUAGUCGCCCCCGGCAACCAGGUCACCCUGAGGAUGACAGCCGACGAGGGCACAGGAGGACGAGGCUUCCUGCUCUGGUACAGCGGGCGGGCCACCUCCGGCACCGGCCCCCCCCCAGGCUCGAGGCGGAAAUGGGUCAUGGACCCGCGGGUGGAAUGGGCGGCCUGGGGUUACUGGGACGAGCACCAGUUUUGUGGGGGGCGGAUGGAGAAGGAACAGGGAACCUUGACCACGCCCAAUUGGCCAGAGUCUGAUUACCCCCCGGGCAUCAGCUGUUCCUGGCACAUCAUCGCACCCCCAGACCAGGUGAUCACGCUGACCUUCGGGAAGUUUGACCUGGAGCCAGACACCUACUGCCGCUAUGACUCGGUCAGCGUGUUCAAUGGAGCAGUGAAUGAUGAUGCCAAGAGGCUGGGAAAGUUCUGCGGCGACACAUCCCCUGGCCCCAUCUCCUCAGAAGGUAAUGAGCUUCUGGUCCAGUUCGUCUCAGAUCUCAGUGUCACCGCCGAUGGCUUCUCAGCCUCCUACAGGACCGUGCCACGAGGCACUGCUGAAAAGGGGCCAGCCCCAAACCCAGGGAAGGACACCAGGCCAGGUCCCCCAUCUCUAGGCCCUGGCCCAAAACCUGGAGCUAGGCCCAAAGUCAAGCCACCCACCAAGCCCAAACUCCAGCCUGGAGAGAAGCCAGAGGUCUCACCUGAAGCCCAAGCAACUCCACUGGGCCCUGAUACACCCACUGUCCCUUGCCCAAAGCAAUGCCGGAGGACAGGCACACUGCAGAGCAACUUCUGUGCCAGUGAUCUUGUGGUGACUGCAACAGUGAAGUCCAUGGUACGGGGCCCAGGAGAGGGUCUCACUGUCACUGUCAGUCUCAUUGGUGCUUAUAAAACUGGAGGACUAGACCUGCCCUCUCCGCCCACUGACACCCUCCUGAAGUUUUACGUGCCCUGCAGGCCAUGCCCCCUCAUGAAGAAAGGACUCAAUUAUCUGAUUAUGGGCCAAGUGGAUGAGAACAGAGGUCCCAUCAUUCCUUCAGACAGCUUCGUGGUUCAACACCGGCCCAGCCAGGACCAGAUCCUCACCAACCUCAGCAAGAGAAAGUGUUCUUCCCAACCUAGGCAAGCUGCAGAGUCUCAGGCCUGAGAGCCAGACCAGCUGCAGCCCCAGGCUCAUGUGCUGCCUUUCUUAUUCAAAUAAAUGUUUCUC